AUGACGCAACCUUUGAAUGUCCAGAUACCUGGUCCAAAACUCACAACCAAGUCGGGCCACGAAGUCAAGAUCGGAACAGGGUCAGGUACAAAAUGGCAAAAGAUCAAGAAGGGAAGAGACCCAUCUAAAAGAGGAGACUUGUUGCCAGAGGCUAUCGACUAUCUCGUUGAUGCGAUUAACAAUGGUUUUAGACAUAUCGACACAGCAGAGAUUUACACCACCCAUCCUGAGGUAGCUGCUGCAAUUGCAAAGAGUGAUGUACCAAGAGAGGAUCUCUUUGUGGCCACCAAGUACAACCCUGGUGUGGAGCCACAACCGGCCACUUUUGAUAGCGCUGCGGCUUGGGUAGACGCCUCUCUUAAAGAAUUGGGCUUGGAUUACUUGGAUUCGAUCCUUAUCCACUUUCCUUUUUUCAAUCCCAAGUUUUCCAAAGGUCAGACUGUGGAGCUGGUGUGGAAGGACUUAAUUGAAGCUAAGAAGGCAGGCAAGGUGCGCUACAUUGGUGUAUCUAACUUCGGUGUGGAGCACCUUAAGGAGUUGUUUAAGGUUGCCGGUGGAGAUCCUGAAUUCUAUCCUGCUGUCAACCAGAUCGAGUUCCAUCCAUACUUGCAAAACCAGAGUCCUGGCAUUGUGAAGUUUUCUCACGAGAACAACAUCCUCGUGGAAGCUUACGGGCCAUUGUCUCCGCUCUUUAGAGUCGUCAAGGAUGGCGAGGAAGUUAAAGAUCAUCCAUUGACAAAGGUUUUACCCCAAAUCGCCGAGAAGCACGGCCGUGCCGAGUCUCAGAUUUUACUUAGAUACACGUUGCAAAAAGGAAUCUUGCCAAUUACCACGUCUUCCAAAUCAGAAAGGCAGAUAGAGGCGUUGGCUAUCUAUGAAUUUGCACUCUCUGAUGAAGAAGUUGCCCAGAUAGAUAAGGCUGGCUCGGAGUUCGAGUUCCGUGGGUUCUUCUUAGGAUUCUUUUGA